GCAAAAAGUGAAAAAAAUUCCUAUUAGCCAUGUUGCGUAUCACAGCCGGUAAACUCGCCAAUGCCAUGCGUGGCACCGUUGGAGUGACCUCAUCCCGCGUGGCUGCUGUUCGCUGCCUGCAUGGAGCCGAGGAAUCUGCCGAGGAAUUCGACAAACGUUACGAGAAAUACUUCAGCCGCGAAGGUAUUGACGGUUGGGAGGUCCGCAAGGGAAUGAACGAUCUGUUGGGCAUGGAUUUGGUGCCCAGCCCCAGUAUCAUUGAAGCUGGUCUACGUGCUUCUCGCCGCGUGAACGACAUUGCUUUGGCCAUCAGGUGGCUAGAGGGCUGCAAGGACAAGUGCGGUGACCAGAAAGCCACUCUCUACCCCUACUUGCUGGAGAAGAUCACCCCCACACUUAAUGAAUUGGGUAUUCCAACCAUUGAGGAGCUGGGCUAUGACAAGCCCGAAUUGGCCCUGAAGUCCGUGUACGAUGCCUAAAUGGGGCAGUUUGAGCGAACAAUGUUUUUCUUACCCCCUUUAGUUUAAUGCAACAAGCAACACAUAAUACAAUUACAAAGAAAACAGCAGACAGAUACACGAACUACCAUAAAUGCAAAUCUAAUGUAUGGUGCGGAUGAACAUGUUAUUGGAUUGCAAAUAAAAAGGAGAUUGGAGUAAGGCUACCAAAUA